AUGAAUGAGAAAAAGAAAUCUGUAUUUUUUGAUAAAAGAGAUGAAAAUUAUAUUCAUUUGAGUUCACCAAUUUACUUUUUAGAGAUGUUUACAAAAAAAAAAAUAAAAUGUGAUAUUAUAAUACCUUAAACAAUUAUAUUUUCAAAAGGUACUGCAACAUUAUGGUUAUUCAAUUCAAAAUCUUCUCCUACUCCACUAAUAUUAAAAAAGAAUUCUAAUAAAUUGAAUUUUGUAGAAGUAUGCAGGGUAUUAUGUAGAGUAAAACAAAAUGAAGAUUUUCGAAUUGAUACUCUUACAACUCUUUUAGAUAUUAUUAAGGCUGGUAAGAAUGAAAUUGCUGCUUUUGCAAGAAUAAGCAAGACAAAAAAAUCAAUAUCAAAGGUUGAUUUGGUUAAAAUGUUUUUAGAUGGAAAUAUUAGUGGUUUAUAAAUAUUGCAGGAGCAUUUAGAGAAUUAAUCAAAAGCUGGUACUAAUAAUAAUAUAAAAAUUAGAUGAAUUAUUUUAUGUUGAAUAUAGGCAAGAUGUUAUUAAUUUACCUGUCAGUUAUAGAUUUUUUAAAAAGUCAACUUAGAAAUAAGUAAUUUAAUAACAAUUGCCAAAAAAAUUAUCAUAAUUACAUAUAUAAUAAUAGACAUAACAUUCUGAUAGUUAUGAUGAUGGUAAUAAAAAUGAUCAAGUUGAGUAUGUAGAUUGUAUGUUUAAAUUUUUUGAUAAUUAAAUGAAUUAAACAUUGUCCAAAGUAAAUAAAAAUUUAUAAAUUUUAGAUUGUUAAAAAGUUAGUUGAUUUUUUAGAAAAAGCUUAUAAGAUUAAGGUUAAGAAAUUAGUAGCUAAAUUUAUGCAAAAUGAUUAGCAUAUAAUAUAUUUCUUAGGUUUGAAAGAAUUAUUGGUAGAUUUUAAUGAUAAUGCACCAUAUGAGAUUUAAAAUAUGAAAAAUGAAUUAAAGGACAAUAGUUCAUUUGAAAAUUUCUUAAUUUUAAUAAAAAUGUUUACAAGAUUAAGGAACAAAAAACCAAUGAAAAUACCUUAAACAAUAUAUGAAGAUGAUAAAGAAAUUAGUCAAAAAUUAUAUAAAAAUCUUAUUGUAUAAAAAUGUGUUGGUGAUUUUUGUGACUAUAUAAUGGAAGAAAAGAAUAGAGGUCCUCUCUAAAUACGUAAAAAUAUUGUUACAGAUUAUAAAAAGUAUUUUGGUAAUAAAAAAAUGAAUGAAGAAAAGUUUUCAGUUACUUUACCACAUGAGAUCUCUUUUUAAUUAAUUCUUAGAACAAGAGAAUGUUCAUAAGAAGUUAUAGAAGUGUUAAUGAAAAAUAAAAUAUUUACUAGAAACUCUAAGCAUCAUUUUUAAGAAUUUGAUAAAAUAAAUACAGAUGAAGAAUAUCCAUUUAAAUUUAAUAAAACAGAAGUUUAUAAUUUACCAAAUCUCUAUAAAACUGUUAAAAUAUGUAAGAAUUGCUUUGUUGUUUACUCUUUAGCUAGUAAAUAUUUUGAUUAGAGAUUAUCUAAUGAUUUGUAAUAAAAAUAAUGGAUUAAAAGGGAUUCAUCAUCCUUAGCCUAACAAUAAACUAGUUUAAAUACUACUCAUUAAUAAUUAUCAUAAUUAGAUAGAUCUAACCUAAAAAGAAAUGAUUCACGAAUUAGAUAAAAUUAAAAUUAAUCUUUAUAGAAAAUAAAAACUCAAACAUCAUAAAAUAAUGCAGAAAAAGAAUAAGGUGAAAAUAAAGUUAGGAAAAUAUAAAGUGCAAAACAAUUCAGAGUGAUUCAAUCUGCUCAUUCAUAGGCUCCUAGAACAUUUAAAUUAUUUAUGCCUAAUUAAUAAACUUAAUUAGAAAAUACAAAACGGAAUUGUUCCAGUUCUAAAACCAAUAAUAUUGAUAUAAAUAGAUUAACUAUGGGUUUUUUAAAUUACACAAAGCCUCCAAAACCAAAUAAAAUUUAAUCUGCAAAAAUGAAUUCUGGUGGUCUUUAAUCUUAAAGAAGUUUAAUGGAAUCUUAGCAUCUAAAGAGAUCAGAUAGUCAAUCAGAUUAAUUUUAAAGAAAUAGAAUCAAUAAAAGUUAAAGGUAAUUGAAUUCUAAUAGAUAAUCCUUCUUUUAGGGUAAACUAAGAAUUAUAGAAGUUCCAUAGACUCAAUAUUCUUUAUUAGAUGUUUGCCAACUCUAUGAUUUAGAAUAUCCCCCUGAAAGUGUACCAGAUAUAUUUUUGGAGUCUGUAAAUUAUUUUUGCUUUGAAUAAUGUGCAAUACCAUAUUUAAUUUUAUAACACUAAGAAGAUGAUUAAGAAAUAAAUAAGGACAAUUAAAGUGGUUUAGAUUUAACUGAAAAAGAUCAUCAGAUAGUAAUUUUUUUAGGAGAUUUUUUUGAUAAUUCAUUUGAAUAUUUAGAUAUUAUGCAAUAGAAUAUUAAACCAAAUACUACUAUUUUAUUAAUGAAUUUACCAGGUAAAGCUUAUUUUUCAUUUUAGGAUAGUCCUAUACAGUGUUUGAUCCUAACAUUAUUUAAGAUAAUUUAGAUAUUUCAUUAUUAUUGGAUUCAUUACUUUUUGAGCUUUGCCAAAAGGAUAUAAUUAGAAAUAAUGACAUAUAUAAAUUUAUUGGAUAUGGAUAUGGUGGAUUCUAAGUUCUAAGUUAUAGUAAUAAAAUAUUUUUAAUUUAGUGACUCAUGUAUAAAAUAAUCUUCUUAAAAUUGGGGGAUUACUUAUUAUUAAUGGAUUUUGUGAAAUAGAUGAUAUGCUGACAGAUACUUUAAAAAAAUCAAAGGAAGUAUUUUAAACUUGUCCUACUGAUAUGCCAGAAUUGGGAUUUCAUUUCUGGAAUUCUCUCAUACAAUCUCAUGAAGAAAAAUAAGACCCUAGAUAUAAUCCAAUUUCUUUGAAUGGAAGAUUACAUAUAAUAAACGGUAUUUUUUGAUUAAAUUUAAGGUCUGAUUAAAUCAUAAAAUUUAUGGAAUUCUUGUGUUUAGGAAAUUCCUAUUAAACUUUAUCAUGGCCUUAAAAAUUGUGUUAUUAAUAUAAAGCAAGCUCAUUUAAUAAAAUAAAGUUCAUCUUCAAAUAAUUCUUGUGAAAUGAAUUUAUUAAACUUUGGGCACAAAUUAUAAAAUUUAGAAGAACUGUUGUUUGAAUUCAUUUGA